AUGUCUCGCCCAGGUCGCCUUCAGGAAUACCAGGUCAUCGGCCGGUCGCUGCCCACCGAUGCGAACCCGACACCUAAACUGUACCGCAUGCGCAUCUUCGCACCCAACACCGUGGUGGCCAAGUCGCGCUUCUGGUACUUCUUGUCGAAGCUGCGUAAGCUCAAGAAAUCCACCGGCGAGGUCGUGUCCCUCAACGUCAUCCACGAGAAGCGGCCCUUGAAGGUCAAGAACUUUGGCAUCUGGAUCCGAUACGAUUCGCGAUCCGGAACCCACAACAUGUACAAGGAGUACCGAGAGAUGAGCCGCACUGAAGCCGUCGAGGCGCUGUACCAGGACAUGGCUGCCAGACAUCGUGCCCGAUUCAGGAGCAUUCAUAUCCUCAAAGUCGUCGAAAUCGCCAACCCCAGCGACGUCAAGCGACCAUACAUCAAGCAGCUGAUUACACGCAACCUCAAAUUCCCGCUCCCGCAUCGCAGCAGCCGUCAAAAGAAGCUCUUCACCUCCAAGAGACCUUCGACAUUUGCUUAA